AUGAGUAACCGCCACCAUCUGCCGGCUGGGCAAAACAUACACGCCCACGGCGGCGUGCCCAUGGACAUGAACGCUCCCGGCCCAGGAGGAGGAGGUCCAAGACGAAGAUAUCAGCAACAGCAGUACAUGCCGCAGUAUCAUCAGCACAUGAACCCCAUGUACCAAAGUUAUGGUCAUCAGCACAAUCCUUAUGUAUCGCCUCAACAAUACUACGGUAUGCCGCCGCAGUUCCAAAACGGAGGCAUGCCUUCGCCGGGAUAUCCACCCUACCAAGGGUACGGCCGCUCGCCGCCUGCCAUCCCACAAUACGUGCCCAUGGUCGGUGUCAGCGUUUCUCCCAACUAUCCGCGCCAUGUCCAGGGCUCACCCAGCUUGUCGACGCCUUAUCAACCGCCGCAGCCGAGUAUUACAAUUCCUCCACAUACGCCCUCUUCGACACAUUCUUCGCACAUUCACCCUCCUCCACUCACGCCGCCAACACCUCAAACACAUGAUAUCGCCGUUGUGCCGGCUGUGGCCCAGCCAGUAACCCAGCAACCUCCCUCGCCCCAUGUUGUAAACAAGGCACGCUUCCAUCCUCCACUGCCGUGGCUAUCAUGCGCCGAUGCCGAGUUUCCCGCGAGAACUACACGCCUGCGUAGGUCGCGACAACGGAUCGACAGAAAUGCUAAGGCUGUCUCACUCCCCAAGGACCAACAUGAUGCCGCGACAGGUGCUCCGGCCACUGAGCAGCCUCUGGCUUCCGCGCCAGACACUACCCAGCAGAUACCGGUUGUGAACGCUAACCAGGAGACCCAAACCGGUCAAACUGAGUCUCCUCAACAGUCUGCACCCGAAUCCAGCGAACCUGCUCCUGCUGUACGUCCGCCCCCAACUAGCUGGGCCAAACUCUUUGCCAAGACGCCUAUUGCCGCCGUUGUCAGCAUCAAUGGGGACAAUGAGCCUUCACAUGAGGCGAACGGAGUCGCUGUUGAGGGAGACCCUGAUGUCGUUUCCUCAACGCUCAUUUCCAAAGCCAACUCUAUCGCCGAAGCCAUUCGAUCCUACAAGGUUGGCGGCGCUGAAGAAAAGACAGUAUUCCUGGAGCCUCGUGGCCUAAUUAAUACCGGCAACAUGUGCUAUAUGAACUCCGUCCUUCAGGUCCUCAUGUUUUGUUCUCCGUUCUACGACUUCCUCGACCAGAUCAGCAAACGUGCCGCUCACAGCUUCAAAAGUGAGACGCCUCUCCUAGACGCCAUGAUCAUGUUCAUGCAUGAGUACCGAGUACUGAAGUCGGCGCCGACCAAUGAGCAGCUGCGAAAGUCGAUCCGUGGUGAGGAGAUUGAGCGCUACGGCGAACCGUUUACCCCCGAAUUUGUAUACGAGGCUAUAAGACAGCUCCCACGAUUCGCCAGCAUGCGUCGGGGUCAUCAACAGGAUGCCGAGGAAUUCCUUGGCUUUCUACUCCAAUCGCUCGAUGAUGAAUGCACGAAUGUUAUGAACAACGCAUCGCAAACUGCCAGCCAAGCUGCCGGCUCCGAGACCGCGUCAGCAGACGGUUCCACCGACCCCAGCGGCGACUGGCUCGAGGUUGGUCGUAAGCAGCGUGCUGCCGUCACACGCUCUUCGGGAUCCAACACAUCUACCCCUGUUACCAAGGUUUUCGGCGGUCUCCUGCGCUCCGAGUUCCGCGUUCCCGGCUUGAAGGACUCCAUUACUACGGAGCCAUACCAGCCACUCCAGCUUGACAUCGGCUCGCCCGAGAUUAGGAAUGUUGUGGACGCACUUCGUGGCCUCACCCGCCCCGAGCGUUUACAGGGCGACUUCAACUCGCCUCGCGGCAAGGAUAUUACUGCGACAAAGCAGGUUUUUAUCGAAACUCUGCCUCCUGUUCUGAUUCUGCACCUGAAGCGCUUCCAGUUUGAUGCUGAAGGUGGUACAACCAAGAUUUGGAAGAAUGUCGGAUACCCUCUUGAUUUGGAGAUCCCUCGUGAAGCUCUCUCUCGCCAGUCACGUCAAUCUUUGGGCGUUGGCGCUCUGCCUAAAUACAAGCUCAUCAGUGUCAUUUACCAUCACGGAAAGAACGCCAGUGGGGGUCACUAUACCGCGGAUGUUCGUCGUCAGGACGGCCGUGAAUGGCUGCGCCUUGAUGACACGGUCUUGCACCGUCUCCGCAGCGAGGAUGUUGCCAAGGGUGGCUCGGAGGAGCAGAUCAAGGACAUUCGUAAGGACAAUAGUCAAUCCAGCACCAACAACCCCUUUGGCGCCAUAAAUGAUGAAGAUGAUGGUAACGAGGAAGGUUGGAAUCAGGUGACCGCUUCUGCGGGAAGCGGUGGGAAGCGGUGGAGCAGCGUUGUCAAUGGCGCCACCAACGGGAACAGCAAGGAUAAGUACGUGAAGGACGGCAUCAAGGACAACAAGGUCGCGUACAUCUUGUUCUACCAGCGUACCUGA